AUGACGACAAACAACCAAACGGAUUUUGUGGUUCCAAAGCAUACGUUUGCAACCUUGGCACUCCCACACAAGGGCGCUGCUCUUCAAAGAAAAGGGAUUGCCGACAUCGAAUAUGAAAGGAUCUUCUAUGUAUAUGAAGGACAUAAUCUGACUGUAAAGGUUGAUGAGAGCAGUCGUUAUCCCGACUAUUUGGCUGUGGAAUUUCUAUAUCAAGGAGGACAUACAAAUAUUGUUAACGUAGAUGUUGUGCAGGUUGGCCAUUUUGAGUGGAAGUACUUGACACGCAAAGAUGGAUCAUCAGUGUGGAGCAUAAGCAACCCUCCAAGUGGAGAUCUACAGUUCAAAUUCGUUGUAACUUCAGGGUUUGACGGAUAUAUGUUGUGGCCCGAAAAACCUGUGCUCCCUCCACACUGGAAAGCGGCUGAAAAAAGAUUAUUUGACACUGGACUUUAG